AUGGCUGAAUGGGAAAAACUGGCAGCAGACAAACGAGCCCGUCUCGAAAAGACGAUUCCGGCAGAAUGGAAGAUUCACUCGGUGCCUGAGAGUGGCUCGUACAUGGAUGUACCAACCACGAGCGGCUUGCUUUCAGAAACUGAGUUGCAAAUAACAGGGUCUUCAGCAACAGAUCUGGUUGCCAAACUGGCCUCUGGGGAGCUCAAGUCCGUGGAUGUGACGACUGCGUUUUGCAAAAGAGCGGCUAUUGCACAUCAAUUGGUGAACUGCGCUCUGGAGUUCUUCCCCGAGAACGCUCUAGAGCAGGCCAGAGAAUUAGAUGCAUACUUUGAAAAGCACAAGAAGCCCAUCGGGCCGCUUCAUGGGCUCCCGGUCUCUCUCAAAGAUCAAUUCCGUAUCAAGGGAUUGGAAACAUCCAUGGGGUAUAUCUCGUGGCUAAACAAAUACGAAACAGCAGAGUCCGAGUCGGUUAUGGUUACUCUUCUGCGCAAGGCCGGGGCUGUCUUUUACGUCAAGACUAGCGUUCCUCAGACGCUGAUGACUUGUGAGACAUUCAACAACAUCAUCGGCCGAACGGUCAAUCCUCGGAACAAGAACUGGUCCUGCGGUGGUAGCUCAGGUGGUGAAGGGGCCAUCGUUGGGAUCCGGGGGGGUAUUAUUGGAGUUGGCACAGACAUUGGCGGUUCUAUUCGAGUCCCAUCUGCUUUCAACUUCCUUUAUGGUAUUCGACCAAGCCACGGAAGAAUGCCCUAUGCCAAGAUGGCAAACAGUAUGGAAGGACAGGAGACGAUUCACAGUGUGACUGGUCCUCUUGCGCAUUCUGCUGCUGAUAUCAGGCUUUUUCUCACUUCUGUUCUGAGCCAAGAGCCCUGGAAGUAUGAUUCCAAGGUGAUUCCUCUGGACUGGAGGCCCCAAGAAGAAACCGUAAUCAAGAACAAACUCGCCUCUGGUGGCCUUACACUGGGGUUUUAUAACUGCGAUGGAAUCGUUCUGCCCCAUCCCCCGAUCUUGCGUGGUGUAGAGACCGUUGUCUCUACUCUGAAAGCCAACGGACACCAUCUCGUUGAAUGGAAGCCAUACAAACAUCAAUAUGCGUUUGACUUGACCAAUGGAAUUUACACAUCCGACGGGGGCGCCGACGUCCAUCGCGACAUUUCAGCCUCUGGCGAGCCCGUAAUCCCCAACAUUAAAGACCUACUCAACCCAGACAUCAAAGCCAUUGACAUGCUCCAACUCUUCGACGCUCAGCUGAAGAAAUGGCAGUACCAGAACGAAUAUCUUGAUCAAUGGCGCGAGAUGGAGAAGAAAUUAGGCAAAGAACUUGACGCUAUUAUUGCCCCCAUCACUCCGACUGCUGCUGUUCGUCAUGAUCGGUUCCGAUACUAUGGAUAUGCUACCACCAUAAACUUGCUCGACUUUACCAGCGUUGUUGUUCCCGUGACAUUUGCGGAUAAGAAGGUAGAUGUCAAGGAUGAGAGCCUUGUACCGUUGAACGAGACGGACAAGUUGGUUCAAGCAGAGUACGACGCAGAUGCCUACGAUGGGGCUCCUGUUGCUGUUCAGAUCAUUGGUCGUAGAUUGACCGAGGAGCGAACGCUGGCGAUUGCUGAAGAAGUUGGACGAUUGCUUGGGAAUGCUGUCACGCCUUAG